AAUAAAUAAUGCAAGCUUCAUAGGAGUCAAUUUAAAUUAAAUUGGUUGUAGUAGGAGAUGGAAGUGUUGGUAAGACAUGCAUACUUCUGAGGUAAGAAUAAAUAGUAAGAGAAUAGUUACACAACAGAUAAAUUUCCCACAGAAUAUGUUCCUACAGUAUUUGAUAAUUACACUACACAAUUAACUGUCGACAAUUAGAUGGUAAAUUUGAGUUUAUGGGACACAGCAGGUCAAGAAACAUACAAUAGACUAAGAACUUUAUCAUAUGGAUCAGCAGAUAUAUUCCUCAUAGUAUUUUCUGUGGCAGAUAGCAGUUCAUUUGAUAAUGUUUUGUCAAAGGUAAUAUGAUCUAAUGAUUUUAAAGUGGUAUCCUGAGUUAAAUCAAGACGAAUUAUAAAAAGUCCCAAAAAUCAUUGUUGGUAAUAAAAUAGAUAUGAGAGAAGAGAGCAAUAGCAAACACAUUAAAAAGGAAUCUGUAAUGAUACAUUAUUUAUUUGUAGGCUAUAUAAGUCUUAUCUAAUCAAAACCUUGAAUAUUUUGAAUGUUCUGCAUUAACAUAGGAAGGCUUGAAGAUUGUAUUCGAUGAAGCUGUGAAAAAAGCAUUGCAAGCCAAAUCUGCGAAUAAAGCACCAAAUAAGACAGGAAAUUAAAAAUAGGAGAUAAGUAGUGGAACCCAAAAGAAGGAGGAACCAUGUUGUAGCAUUUAUUGAAAAUUUGAUUUACAUAAGUGAUAUCAUCCAUAUUUAAAUGAAAAAUAA